UAAUGUUUUAGUUUACAUUUUAAAACAUAAUACAGGUAAGGGCCACCGACAAUGGGCAGGUUUGCUCAGAAACUGUAGGAAUUUAAUACUUUGACACAAAAAACCCAUAUCCAUUCAUGCAUGACAUUCCUCCUUGGGGGUGGUACUAUUCUUUGACAGCGGGUUAUAAUUAUGUAACCACUGCUCUAAGGGUUAUUGCUCGUUGGAAAGUGGGAUAGGUGUUUUCUUCGUCUCUCACCAACUCUCCGGCCUGGUCGUAAAAUUCAACUUAGCAAAGCAAACUAAGAACUUAACUCAAAGUCCCCAAUGAACUAAGUGCAGUUGAGUUUCAAAGGUCCCGAAAUGUCGGCAAAACAACAACACGGUCUAUUAAGAGAAGCGUCUCACCAAAUUAUGGCCGGCGGUUCCGCUGGGCUUGUGGAGAUCUGCCUGAUGCACCCCCUGGAUGUGGUGAAAACAAGGUUCCAAAUCCAGAGGGGGACUAGUGACCCAAACAGCUACAAGAGCCUCCGUGACUGCUUCCAGACCAUUUUCCGGAAUGAAGGGAUACUUGGCUUCUACAAGGGGAUCCUCCCUCCCAUCCUGGCAGAGACCCCAAAAAGAGCUGUCAAGUUCUUCACCUUUGAACAAUAUAAGAAGAUAUUGGGUUUCACCUCAUUACAUCCUGGCUUGGCACUUUCAGUCGCCGGAUUAGGAGCAGGCCUGACGGAAGCAGUGGUCGUCAAUCCCUUUGAAGUUGUCAAAGUCAGUCUACAAGCAAAUCGGAAUGCAUUUGCAGAGCAACCCUCAACGUUUGGCCAGGCACGGCACAUAAUCAGCACCAACGGGUUCGGCCUGCAAGGCCUCAACAAGGGACUGACCUCUACCCUGGGUCGUCAUGGUGUUUUCAACAUGAUCUACUUCGGGUUCUACUUCAAUGUAAAGAACAUGUUCCCAUCCUUUCAGGACCCGACUUUGGAAUUCCUGCGGAAGUUUGGAAUUGGACUGGUCUCAGGAACCAUCUCCUCUUGUGUCAACAUUCCUUUUGACGUGGCCAAGAGCCGCAUUCAAGGGCCACAACCUGUCCCUGGAGAAAUCAAGUACCGGACCUGCUUUCAGACCAUGGCAGUUAUCUACAGGGAAGAAGGGUAUUUAGCAUUGUACAAGGGAUUGGUACCCAAAAUUAUGAGGCUCGGACCAGGAGGUGCGGUGAUGCUGCUGGUUUAUGAAUACACAUAUGGCUGGCUGCAGAACAACUGGUGAAGAAAAGCCAGUCACCCAUAUACAGAUAUAAUAAUUUUUAGUCCACAAAUGAAGCAACCAUUUUUACAAGAUAAUUUUUAAUUUUAAAGCUAUUGAAUACUGUAGAAAUUACACAGGAGGUGUUUUUUUUUUUUUUUUUCAUAUACAUAGAGAUACAGCAUCCCCUUUCUUUACCCAAAAUUAAGCAAAUUAUGUAUUCUGGAAACUAACACAUGGUUUCUGUAUACUAACUUCUGUAUAUAACGUCUAAUUCUAGGUUUGGCACAGCUCUGUAAGUACUUAAUUGCAGCUGAUUAAAACACAUGCCAGUUCCAGAAAACGUUAAUGCAACAAAUGAAAAUGAAAUAACUCAUGCCAGACAACAAUGAACUUAAAAGUACUGGAGUUCCAGCUUUUGAUAUGAUUUUAGUUUUUAAGCAAAUUCACUAUUUGCUGUGUUAAGUGGGUGCUGCCUAUUUAGAUAAAGCAUUGAUUGAAACUUAAGCCAUACAAAUGUAAAAAUCAUGGACAUACAGGAUGUUUGAUAUAAUCUCUUACAGUGAACAAACAUUUUAGCAAUUUACUCAUGUUUAGGUCUCAGUUUUAAAUGUUUUACCUUUCUGCAAUUCAGUCUUCUGGAACUUCUCAGGGAACCAGUCUUAAAAAAAAAAAAAUCCUUAGUAUAUGUCAUUAUAGCUUUAAAGCUAGUCUGUAAAAGUUAGUUAGAAGAACAGCAUCAUUAUUUGUGUAAUAAUAAUUACCUCCUUGAAGACAGUAUCAUCCUCUUUUUAAGCCUUGCAUUAUUGUGUGCUUUAUUGCAUUUUAAUUUAAUGUGACCUGAUGCAAUUUUUAUAUAGCAAAAAAACAAACAAAAAAAAAAAAAAAACAUAGUUUUUUAAAUAAAUGUUAUACAGGUUUAAUCCAACAGAAGAAUGUGGUUUCUGCUUCUACUCUGAUUUAUAGAAUAAGGAGGUUGAAUUGCAUGCCUAUCAAUUUGACCCUAAUGCCUAAUAUAAAACCAUAAACAAUAUGGUAACUCUUUUAUUGCAGAAAUAAAUGUUGAUGCUGGACAAUGUAUCAAAAUUGAUCACAGGUGAUGUUGCGUUAGGCCAAAUCUAUCAUAAAUCCUUGACAUGCAAAAGGCUUCUCUUGUAUUUCACCCAGUAAUGAACCCAAACUUAGCUAUUUGAUCAGUAUGGUUUGAAGUAACCAUUAAUAAGCAUUUCACACUUAACACUCAGACUUAGCGUUGAUUCAUUGUGCAGAAGCACUAGAAAGAAACAUAGUGAAGUCUCCAUUAUAAAAGUGUACUACAUUAUUUUUUCAGUUUACCCAUGGUUGUAAUAUGCAUUUAUGAUAGUUUACCAUGAUUUGCCAUGUUUUUAUUAUGCUGUGCUAUAGCUCUCUUGGUUUUAUCAUGCUUACCUGUUUACUCUGCUUUCACUUUGCUUUUUUACACUUUCAUAUAAGUAGUAACUGGGUGCUACUAUGAAUAAGUGCUGAAAGGAUCAUUAAUUGAUUGUUCAUUAGAAUUGAAUUUUAAAUUAUGUAAUUGAUUAACCCUCUCAAACUGCAAGAGGCGCAUUAUGCUGUGGAAUGUUGCUGGACACAGUCAGAUACUGAAAAGAACCAAUACAGCUACAAACCGCCAACUUAUCAUAAAGUAAUACUUUUUUUUUAAUGAAAAGCAAUUUUGCGAUGAAAAUAUAUGUUUACAAGAGUGGGAAAAAGACAGCAGUCUUAUCAUUGUAUGUAUUUGUUUCCUGUGUGUUUACUUGUUGGGAGUAGUUGAUUUUCACAUUGGUAAGAAAUGUAUAAAUUUGGCUAGAGGCAGCUUUGAUUUCGAAAC